GAACACGUCGCUGCCUUCUCCUCUGGAAAAACCGCAUUGACAACGCUAUACACAAAACAAACCAUAUACAUCAACGUAGAGUACUGUCGCCUGAAAAGCGACCUGCAGAAACGAUGGCUAUGAUCACUAGGAAUACCGCCUCACGGCUCCCCACCCUCCUCUCCCAAUACCGCGGAGCCGCUGUUUCUUUCCACACCACACUUCCCCCUCUCUCCGCUGGGGCAACGCCACCGACUCCUUAUGCCCGCCCACCACCCCCUUCCACCUCUUCCCCCGCCGGACUUUCGAAAGCGGCGGAGUUCGUGAUAUCGAAGGUCGACGAUCUUAUGAACUGGGCGCGCCGCGGCUCCAUCUGGCCCAUGACUUUUGGUCUUGCUUGCUGUGCCGUCGAAAUGAUGCAUACCGGUGCUGCUCGCUACGAUCUGGAUCGCUUCGGUAUCAUUUUCAGACCCAGUCCUCGCCAGUCUGAUUGUAUGAUUGUCGCUGGUACACUCACCAACAAGAUGGCCCCUGCUCUUCGCAAGGUGUAUGACCAAAUGCCUGAGCCAAGGUGGGUCAUCUCUAUGGGCAGCUGUGCGAAUGGUGGCGGAUAUUAUCAUUACUCCUACUCCGUCGUACGUGGUUGUGACCGGAUUGUCCCUGUAGACAUUUAUGUUCCAGGAUGCCCUCCCACGGCUGAGGCUUUACUCUAUGGGAUACUCCAGCUUCAGAAAAAGAUCAACAGGCGCAAGGAUUUCCUCCAUUGGUGGACCAAAUGAGUCCAUUUUAUUUUGCUGCUGACAGAGUUUACUGCAUCUUGAUGAUCCAAUAAAUGCAUUUAUGUAUCUGUUUGCCAACUCAGUGCUGUUUGGAGGGAAAGACUGUCAAUCUUUUUUCCAAUUCUAGACCUUUGUCCAUGGUGUUGCUUACCAAAACCGUCAAUACAUAUAAGUUGUUACGGUGGCUGCGGAUCCUGUAAAACUUCUUAUAACUUCAAAUCUUGGAUAUGUAUGAACUCUCUUUAAUAUUUGGCUUGUUUAGCUGUUAGAAAGCUGCAUAUUGUUUUUGUAUGUGAAGGCUAAAUAAAAAGUUUUUGUUCUCUUUACA